AUGUCAAUCAAUGACCUCGAGACCCAGCCAGCCACCAGCCCAGUUGCCAGCCCCAGUUGCCAGCCCCCGCCAGCAAAGACCAGAAACCAGAAGCUGUGGCGCCCCCUUGCCAGGAACGGCCUUAGCGCGCGGGUGACCCGAAAUGCCGGUGCCUGCCAGACUGCUUGCACCAAACCCAACGCCAGCGAUCUCCCCAUCCGGCCCAGGCAUCUUCCCGACUUUCGAGCGUCACAUACAUCGCCCAAGGCCCCUGAACCGACGGCAAACCCCCCAUCCACCCAUCCAUCUUAUCCAUCCACCAUGGCCAACCCCCUCGACACCGACGCCGGCUCCGAGCUGUUCAGCAGCUACGAGGCCGAGUUCAAGCUCGUCCAGGCCGACCUGACCCAGAAGCUGGACCAGAUUCCCGAGCUCAGCGGCGAGCCCCGGAAAGCCGCCAUCUCGUCGGCCGAGCGCGCGUUGGAGGAGGCAGAUGAACUGCUCGGCCAGAUGCGCCUCGAAAAGUCCAACAUCCCCUCGGCCGCGCGGUCCAAGAUCAACCAGCGGUUCCGCAACUUCGAGACGUCCAUCGACCAGUACCGGCGCAAGCUGACGGCGCAGGCGUCGGACCGCGCGGCCCUGUUCGGCAGCCGGUACACGGACAACCCCAACGGCAGCUCGGCGGGCGGCGACGUGCAGCUCGAGCAGCGGCAGCAGCUGCUGGCCGGCACCGACCGCCUCGACCGCAGCACCCAGCGCCUGCGCAACUCGCAGGCCCUGGCCAACGAGACCGAGGCCAUCGGCGCCAGCACCCUGGCCGACCUGCACGGCCAGCGCGAGCGCAUCCUGCACACGGGCGACAUGCUGGGCGAGAGCGAGGGCUACGUCGACCGCAGCGUCAAGACGCUGAGGGGGAUGGCGCGUAGGUAA